AAAUUCGUUAAAUUUUGAAUAUGAUUUGUGUUGAAAUUGCUUUGUUGAAAAUUCAGUGUGAGCAAUUGCUUACGAGAAAUAUGACAGAACUUCGUGUUUACUUCAGUCUUACUUAGCUGUGAUGAAGUACCAACAAUGUUUCUUCGCUUUUUUUGGUGAUAUUAUUGAAUAUUCAUUGAAAAUUGUGUUGAUUCACAUUAGUGGUGAUUUGUACAUUUGACCUGAAGUGAGAUUUGCCUUGUGAAUUAGAUUUUUCGUGUGAAAAAUGGGAAAUUUUUUAAGACAUUCACCAGUGAGGAGAUGGUUCUUAUUUUGGACAGGUGUUUUUCUCAUGAAAUUUCGUGAAGUUUUAGCUUUUGUGAUGGCUAGGUUGGACAAAUGCCUGGAGAAACAAAGGAGCAUCAUCUCUACGAAAGAGAUGUAGCGAGAAAUGCCUUGAAAAGUUCCCGGAAAGUCCAGGGAAUGAGCGAAUCCGCACGUACUUGGAGUACCGAAGUCAACUCACUUUAAUGAAUCAUAUGGAAAGUUUCCGGGCUUCUUGUGACAUUUCACGAAUCCCUUACAUGAACAGGAAGAGGACUUGGUAAGACUGGUUCAUGAAAUGAAGAACAAUGGGCAUCCUGUUGAGGCGGAUUAGCUGUCCAAAUUUACAUCCAAGUUGUCCAAAUUAAUAACCAAGUUGUCCAAAAUAAGAGCCAAAUUCAUCUCUACAUGUUAAUUCAUUUCUGAACGUAUUAAAAUUAAUUUUAGUAGAAAUACGACGAUAAAUAGCUUGCUAAGUUUCUAAACAACCCUUCUAAAAAGAGAGUAACAAAAAAGUCAAUUAGUAUCGAAAAUAUCGCACUUCAAACUUAGGACAUCGGUGCUUAUAAGCAGACUGGGCAAAAUUAUGAGCCCUUACCCUAUUUGAAAAUGAUUCUCUUCAUCAUCGGUCAAAUUCUUGACGACAAAAUCGAUUUGUAUUACAGCGAUAUUCGUAGUAAACUUCCAUUACGCAAAAAAAUCCCAGGAAUACCCUUUCCCAUUGGGGUAGCACUAUGUCGUAGUAAUAUUUCCAAACCAUUAUCAAAGCAAAUACAUUACUUUUCAACCGAGAAUUUUACAGAAAAUAUCGUGCAAUAUUUCGACUUGUUGGUACGAUUGUCCUUUUAUUUUUAGACUAUAACUAGGAAAUUUCUACUUUUAAAAUUAUAUUUUACUAAUGCAUAAUUUGUGAUUGACUACUAAGAACUUUGCAACAGUUUUGCUGUAAAAGUUGGAUACCAAAGCUAAGACACCGGUGGACGCAACGAGCUUCUCACUUUCAUAAAGUUGGAUUUCUAAAAACCGUUGUUUACGAAUAAAUCUGUCUUUAUAUUUUUCUGUAAGAAUUAUACGUUAUAAUACUCGUAUUGGCCUUAAAAGCUUUAAAUUUGUUAACUUGUCAACCUUUGGGAAAGUUUUUGACAAAUUUUCUCUGUGUAUUUGUCAUCAACUCAUCAAAAUACAGAUGAGAUGCAGGCAAUUUUUCCCCCAUUAAUCCCUACAUGGAUGGAAUAGCGAAAAGAACGCACUGGCACAAUGAACUGAAUUGACGGAUGCAUAAAAGAUAUCAGUAAAGAAUUGAUUAGAAAUUCCAAUGGGACGCAUUGACUUGCGUUUGGGUAUGAGAAGUGGUAGGGAGAUGCUUCCACAGACGUCGCCACGUGAAUAUCCAUUUGUACCUGGCAAUCGUGCCUUCGUCCACGUGAGGAGGCUCCACCCCGUGUUCUGGACACAUAUCAUCGUCUCUGCCGCACAUUUGAACACCUCUCCCGCUGCCGGCAACAACAAACAAUCCAACCAGUUGAAAUCCGGACGCCAGACCAGUUAGUUCUACCAUCUUCCAGGUGAAUCUUUCAGUUUCCUUGAAGGAAUUCACAUACUUCCUUAAUUUGGUGGAAAAUUUUGUGAUAAUAUCGCAAAUUUUGAAAGUUUUAGGAAGUGUUUAACGUACGGAAUUGUGUGGGAUUUUUACAAGAAGUUUCAAGGAAUUUCAGGAAUCUCACGUAGAGUUAAAAAGUUUUGAGAAAAAUCUGUCUUUUGAGAAUUUUACGAUUUGAAGAAGACAUAACAUUUUUCUGAAUAAUUUGAGGAAGUUUCACGUCAUUUAAGAGAAUAAUCAAGGAAGCUCAUUCAAGGAACAUUUGAAGAAAUUAAGUAGAACUGGUUUUCAGGGAAAAAAAGUCCCUUAAAUCUCAGUAGUUUAUGCUUUUUCUUCGUGUAUUGUUUGAGAAGUGUUCAAAAGUUAAAACAUUUCCAUAAGGAAAUAAAGUAAAAAGAUAAGAAUAUACUUAAAAAAAAAUAGUAAAUGAACAAAGUAUAGUGAACAAUUUGUAUGUUCAUCGACCUUACUAGACACUAUCAACAAAAUUCAAUUCAUCAGGCGACUCUAAAAGCUCUGGUAUAACUUCUUUCUGUUUUGAAUCUCUUGAGGGGAUAAGUAGUGCAAAGUUUCCCGAUAAGUUUCCUCCAAGUUUGAUCCAAAAAAGUGUCGUUUCUUCACUGGUAAACUUUGAGCUGAAAAAUUGAGGACAUUAAGUCAAAAGCUCAGUGUUUGGUGCUUUUGGCUUGAAGAUGAGAGAGUGUGAGUGGAAAAAAUUGACGAGUGUUGCAAUUUUGGGAAUUCCCACCAGUGAAAGUCUCCUAGUGAAUCGCUAAAAAGUUCCCAUAUUUAUCCAAAGACUGGACAAGUUUUGAGACAAAAGAUCUCUCUAUUGCACCAUGAAAUCCCGCAUGGGUGAAAUUGAUAGCUUCUACCAUCCAUCAGCAUCAGCUUCUGCCCCUUCUGCUGGAUAUUUCCACCAGCAAACAUCCAUUGGCAAUCAAUGCUGGACAAUGAUGCCGUCUGGAGAAUCUGUGCCAAAUUGUACCACUUCAUUGGCUCAGAAUCAAUUUUCUGGACAGAAGCUACCCUGGAACUUCUCUCAGAUCUCUCCAGCUGCUCAAUCUGGCUUUUCUGGACGUCCCUAUGAUCACUAUGGCUUCAUAGCGGGGACCCAAGUAUCUCCAGGUCCCAAUGAUAACCUCAGCCACCAACCAGCCAAGCGUUACCUGCCAAUCUCAGGCAAAUCUGGCAACAGCAAAGACAUCUGUGGUGAUGACAAACACAAAGAGGAUGGCGAUCCGUGGAAUGUGGAGGCUCAAGCAGCAUUCCUGGGGCCCAAUCUCUGGGACAAAACCCUCCCCUAUGAUGCCGACCUCAAGUAUGUGGACUUGGAUGAAUUCCUGUCGGAGAACAAUAUUCCAGUGGAUGGUUUGCCAGGCGGGCAUUUGGGUCACAGCAAUGGACUCGGGCACAGAUCCGAUUCUCUGGGCCACAGUACCGGCCUCUCCCUUGGCCUUAGCCAGGUGACCACGAAGCGCGAGCGCUCACCCUCACCCUCCGACUGUGUCAGUCCAGACACCAUGAACCCCCCAUCGCCGGCGGAAUCAAAUGAGGAGCUCAAACCCCAACCUAUGAUCAAAAAAUCUAGGAAGCAAUUUGUUCCAGAAGAACUGAAAGAUGACAAGUACUGGGCUAGAAGACGAAAGAACAACAUUGCCGCCAAGCGUUCCAGAGACGCCAGGCGACAGAAGGAGAAUCAAAUAGCCAUGAGAGCGAGAUACCUAGAAAAAGAGAACAUGAGUUUACAGCAAGAGGUGGAUCAGCUGCGACAGGAAAACCUCGAGCUUCGUUCUCGCCUCUCAAAAUAUCAAGAAGUGUAAUUAAUCCAAGACUUUACCCAAACAUCACAACAACCCCACACACAUCUUUUUAUCAUCCACCAUUGGACACGGUGUUUUUUUGUGUGAGCCCGAAAAGAUGUGACAGCUCCUGACGAGGUGGAUCCAUCCAGGAGUAACAUAGGAGCAACGACAAAUGAAAAAAAAAAGAAAACUUAGUUUAAUUGUCAUGUUAUUGUCAUUUGUUUCGGAAUAAAAAAUCGCUAAUCAUGAGUUUACUUGUAAGGAAAGGGUGAUGUUACUUGAGUUUCGCCAUUCAAGUUGGACUGAGAUGGCGCCACUAGAGAGUGUAUUGAGAUCCUUUGGUGCGUCGGAAAGAGCAUAAAUAUGAUUGAUCGGAAUUAUAAAGCCACUGCCGCAAAAUUCUUUGAUGGGUGUGCCCUGGGAGGGGAGGGGAAUAAAUUGGAUAUUCAUGUGAAAUAUAAUAUAUAUUUUUUAAAUCACAAAUCACGUCGAAUACUAAUUAGGAACGAGUAUUUUAAGAUGAAAAUAACCACCUUUCUUCCGUGUUUUCUGCGGAAGAUGAAUUCACCAACUUGAAUGUCGAAGUAACAAAAAGAAUUAUAGUGAAGUCACACAUCAUUCAGAAACACAAGAAUGAAAAAGGAGAUACUUUAGUAAUACUUGAUUAUGGAAAAAAAAAAGAUAAAUGAUGCUGUUUUAAUGAUGAUGAACAAAGUUCUUGAACAUUGUUUCCUGUGAAUUGUUUGAAAUGAUAGAGGCAUAAAUAGCUUGUGCAAAUAUCAGAGAGACAAAUUGAAAAAAAAAAUUAAAUUAAAAUAAAAAAAAGAAAUGUGUGUGAGUGUUGAUUUUUAAAAGAUAAAAGAAAAAAAACUUUAGAAAAUACAAGAGAGAUGAAAGUCAAAAAAGCAGCAAGAAUGUGACUGAAAUUAUUUGCAAGAAAAUGCACUCAGUCAGUGAAAUAUUUAGUUUUAUUCCUAUUAUAAUUUUUUUUCGAUGUUUUUGGGUGUAGUGACGGAGUAAUGAUGAGGAGAAAAACCACCUGGAAAAUGGAAUAUGAAAAUCCUGAGAGGAUUUACAAAGAAUAAAAAUUACUGUUAAAGAUCUCUAUUGAUUCUGUUUCAUUGAAUUAUUGCAAGAAAAUCCUUGGAGUGUAGUUAUCUCAUGCGUUUCUCAAGAAGAAUAAAAAAAGCUUUAGUAAAUAAAUUUUUAAUUGGCUUCCAUGCUAAUAUUCUUAUUAUUUAAGCUGAGAUUCACAUCAAGAAGCUUCUAUUUGCAGAGCUUUAUGACGACGUUCUGAAUUAUUUCACUCUUUAUUUGAAUUUUUUGUGAAUGUAGAAGCUGUAAUACCUGUAAAAAUAUUUUAAAAAUAGUCUAAACAAUUUUUGAAUAAUUUCUUAGGUUUUCCUUAAGGUUCUAAAGUAAAGAAUACAAUGCAUUUUCAAUUCCUGAUGACAGAACGUUUGAAAGAUAUUAUCAACGGCAGACUUAAGACAUAGAGUUCCCUAAAAAAAAAGCUCCCCAAAUAAAGCUCAUGAUGUGAAUGGAACACUUUAGUGCAAUCUGGCAGCUACCGAAACCCUCAAAUGCAAGUGAAAAUGCAAGAAAAAAAAAAGAUAUUGGAGCCUCUCCUGCGAAAUUUCACUUCCAUUUUUCAGAUCAUUAAAAAAGAAGUUUAAUAAAAUAGAUGAAAAAAGAAUAAUAAAAAAAAUAUACAAUGUAGUCUGAUUAGGCAUUAUUAACACAUUCAUUGAGUAGUUAUAAAAAGAUGAUGAGGAGUUUUAGUGGAUUAUUGACAUGCAAAAACAAAAAAAAAGAACUUGAAGUAGUUGAGAGAAAAUUCGAAAAUAAGAAAAAAACAGAUAAUAUAAAAAAUUGCUGAGAAUAAAAAAACAGUUGUAGUCUUAAGUCUCGUUAUUGCUAAUUCAGUUCCCAUUUGCAUUGAUGAUGAAUAAAAAAAAAUGAAAACAAUUAUAAAUAAUGUUAAAUUGAAGAAUAUUUGUACAAUAAUAGAUGAUUAUAUAGUGUUAAUUGUAAUUGUAUAUUUGAACAGAUUAAUAGUGAAGAAAGUAUGUAUAGAAAAAUGAAUUACUUUUAAAUGAAAAAAUGAAAAAUUAAUAUACUAAAAGUUACUGUAGGAAUAUUUUUUUUGUUUUUACGUCUUUUUUGUUUGUUGUAAUAUUUUUUUUAAGAAAAAGAAGGUGUGUGAGAGAGAAUGGAAUGUUCAUAAAAAAAAUCAACCAAAAGCUCAUCUUCUUUCCUCACCCCUAACUUUAUUAUGUUUCUUCUAAAGAUAAAAUGUAUCUCAAUUUUUAAUUAAAAAAAACAACCUUUGAAUAAAAAAAAAGGACUAAGAAGGGCGCGCAAGUUACCAAUUUAAAAGGUGGAAUUGUUACACAAAUUCUUAUUUGUAAAAUUUUGAGAUUCCACAGAAUGUUGUUUCCAAUGGAACAUCUUCAUUGGAAUCUCAGGAAUUUACAAAAAAAAACGUGAAAAUUCUUGUUUUUAGUAGUUGAUGAAAAUAUGUAAAUUGAUACGUAAAGUUAAUAUAUUAGGUGAAAAAAUAAAACAGAAACAAAAAAUUCGUUACCAUUUCUUACCCAUUUAUUUUUACCACGCUAAUAUUUAGUUUAAAUAAAAUAGAUUAAAUAUUUUUUUUGUAUAGUUUCCAUUAGUUUAUUACUUUUCGGUUUAUUUUAUUUGCACAAAAAAGAGGACUUUUUUCUUUAAAACAAAAAAAAAAUUGAAAAAAAUUACAGACUCCCCCUUUAUUCUGGUUGAUGGGUAAUGCAAAAAAAAAAGAAAAGGAUUGUUGCUGAAUAGACAGUCUUUUGUGUAAUCUUCCUUUGAAAAAAUCGUGAAUAUGAAACAUUUCUCCCAACGUCUUUCCCGCCAAAAAUUUUGAAAAAAAAAAUCUCAAUGUUUUUUUUCCUCCUUUUCCAAAGAGCACUCUCGAAGGUUUCCAAAUUGUCCCAAAUGUCCGUCCUUUUGCACCCAUUUGUUGGCAUUUUUUUACACACAAAAAAUUUGUACAAAAACAAAUGAAAGAAAAACGAAAAUUUGAGCCAAAUGGUUCAAUUAAAAAAAAAAACAUAUAAGAACCUAAAGAUAUACACAAAAAAAAAUUUGAAAGCAAUUUGAAGAUUACACAAAACUGUGAGGUUUUUACGUAUUUUCUAAAAUAAUAUGUGAGAUUUUUAAAUUGAAGAAAAAAUCACCACACUUAAAAAAAAACACUACAAAACUGAGAACAAUAAAGUAAAAUUCAAAAUGAGAGAGAUAUCCAAUGUAGUUUAAGUGUUAAAAGUGAAGAAUAUUAAAUGUGUAAAAUUGAUGGGAAAAGUUGAUACAUUAAUAAUGUGGAUGGUGAGUCAAAACAAAAAAAAAUGAAACGACGAUAUUUAAUACAUAAUAAUUACUAAUGUAGAGAACAUGAUGAUAAAUUGUGCAAUUAAAUGAGGUUUUUAGGAUGAAUAUACGAGAGCACAUUGCUUAAGUUGUAUCAGUUUGGGAAAAUGUUUCAUUGCAAGAUCGCUAAGGAAUUUUGUAAAGUCGCUAAAUUCAGAAAUAUUUGGUGGAAUCUGUAAGAAAAAUUCAUUUUAUUUUUUUUAACUUUAAAAUUUGUCAAUUUAUAUUGCAGAAUUUCUUGCAGUUGAUAAAAGACAUUCAUUUUAAUGUGUUCAUCGAAAUUUUAUUUUAAAAUAUUUUUAAAAUACAAAAAAAGUGAGGUUAAAUUUCCCUUAACCUCACUUUUAAUGCAGUUUAAGUUACAGCGACUUAACAAAACUCCAAAAUCUAUGUCUCAAAAAUUCCUAAGAUCUCUUUCACUUGGCUUCUGGAGCACAAUUCUUAGCUGAAUUUGAUAUAACCUUUAAAAAAAAAAAGUAACUCUCUGUUUUCACAUUAAACAACCCCGUAUGACAGCGAUUUGACGCAAAAAGUUUAAUAUUGAAUAAGUAUAAAUAACGCUUAAAAAAGAGAAUGGAUGAGAAAAGAAAAUAUAGAAAUGAGAAAAAAAUAACUUUUUAAAAAAACAAAUUUUUGGAUGAACUUUUAAAGUGCCUGAUAAUGGAUUUUGUAAGCAUUGUCGCUAAACGGCCAAUUUGUUGAUUGUGUAAAGUAACAAGACAUUUAAAACAAAAAAAAAAACUAAAUAAAGAGAUGAGAAAUUAAGAUGAAAAUAAUAUUUUGUACAAAAAAGAAUGGAGAAAGUCAAAGUGUUUUAGACAUUUUCCCUGUUACCACAACCUUUUUUUUUGUUUUUUUGUUUUUGUGAAUUUAGGAAUGGUUUUUGAGUUGGAUUCUGAAUGAGUCCUGACUCGAUAGAUAAUGGUGCAUAAUAGUGUUUUAGAUUAAUUCACAAUGUCAUUAUAAUGUCCUUUUGGGAAGCUUCAUUUCUUCAAAACAUUAACUGAAUUUUAGCCUCUAGGACGGCAAUGAUUUUCACAUAACCUCACCUUUGGCCAAAUUUUUUUAGUAAAAUCCUUUGCUUUCUUUCUAAAUAAUUUGGCUUUUAGAUGGACAUUUAAAAUAAAAAAAAGAAAAACUCUCAUUUUAUAGGUCGGCUCAACAAUAAUGUAACUAUUUAAAGAUGAAAUAAAAUAGCAAAUAUUUAAGUGCAUAAACAGAAAAUUCUCUCUUAAGAUGAAAGAAAAGAAACUACUGACUUACCAAUUACUGCUUUAUCUGUUGUCAAAGGAGGCAAAGAAAAAGAAAAAUGAUAAUAAGAAUUUAAAAAAAGAACACAUAUAAAUUAGAAAAGAAAUCUGUAGAAAAAAAUUAUUACCAUUAAAAUAUUGAAUUACAGAAAUCCACCCAAAAGAAGCAUUCGUUCUACUUAAAAAGCAGCAAAACGAACAUCUAGAUGAUGCUAAAAGUAAUUGAUAAAAAAAAUGAUAUUGUAAUUCAUGAUAGCAAAUUAGAUAAAAUGAAAAACAAAUAUAAUGAAAUUUAGUAGUGAAACGCAAAUAUUAAUUAAAUACAAGACAGUAGUUGACAAUUCUUUUGAGUACCAUUGGCAAUUUUUUUUUUCAUAAUUUUAUAAAUCUCUUUUUUUGUCAAAAUCUAUUUUUUCAUAGAGACAAGAAGGCGCAACAAAUAAAAAAAACAGAAAUGUGCUAAAAUGUGCAGUUUAAGGACGGUUAAAUAGUUUUUAAUGAAAAAAAAAAUCUUAGUGAAAAAACACCAUGUAAAAAUUAGGAGCAUAACCUUUGAUGAAAUGCGACACCACAUAAGAAAAUGGAGUUAUUAGUUUUAAAAAUAAAUCUAUUGACUAAUGAAGAAAAAUUGAAAAAAAAAAAACUUAACAUCGAUGAGAUGUUGGCUUUAGCGUUAUCACAGUAAAUGAGAUAAAGAUGAGGACAUUGCAUAACCUUAACACUCAAGACACAACAAAACACACCCCACAUUGAAAUACGUUAUUAAAUAAAAUACCAUGAUUAAUAAUUAUAAUUGAAUAAUUAAUUAAUUGAUGAACACACACACAAACAGUAAGAGAUGUGUAAUUUUUGUGAUGAAAUAAAAAUAAACGUUCAAAUUACAGAAGUUUAA